UGCUUACAAGUAAUUGAGUCCAAAUCACUACUAAAGCUUCAUAUUCAACAUUUCACUAACUCAUGUGUAAAUAGAGGCCAGCAACGUCGAGUAUAACAUAACAUUAUUCUCUGACUCUGGUCCUCUGGGAGUGGGGACCUUAUACACACUAACACAUAAAUACCCUCCUUCUCCCCCUUGCGCAUCGCAACCUGCCUCAUUCUGCGCCUUAUCUAAUUCCUCACCUACAGAUAGGAGUAAUUAGCAUCUCCGGUUGUAUGUCCGAGCUUUCUUAGAAGCUAUGACAUCUGACAUCUCACCUUCUGCGGCCUCGCGCUCGCAUUUAAGCGAUUACCAGCACGGGCAAGCUUCUAGCUCGCGGUCCUCGGUCCACACACCUGUAUCGCAGUCUCAUCACUCUCGUGUCCUUCACCACAAUGCCACAAGCACAGGUGUAGAAGCCAUGGACGAGAACGGCGACCACACUGUAGCUCGUCACCCAGCUGGUACAGCUGCAGAUAUCGAGUCGCAGACUGGUCCCGCCCGCUAUGGCGGUAGCGACCCUUAUAACUUGUCCUCGGCCUUUAAGACGCCUGAGCAGCUAGACGAGAUCAAAGCUAAUACCGCUCGCAAGCGUACCGGCGCUGUCAGCUCGAGUAUCGACCAGUUCACAUCAACCCUCCGAGCACGAAGGGUCCAGACAUUCUACCACAAGCAGAAUGACACGAUCAAGCAAAUGCUCAAAUCGGUGGAGGAGCACUCCACCGACGCCCAGAACGAGGCCGGUGACGACAACCUACGGGUUAAAAUUGCUGUCAUGGGCUCCCUCGCCGCCAAUGUGUGCUUAGCUGCUCUGCAGAUCUACGGCGCCGUGUCUUCCGGCUCUCUAUCUCUCUUCACCACCAUGGCCGACGCCAUCUUCGACCCUAUGAGCAACCUCACCCUAAUUCUUGUCCAGCAGUCUAUGAAACGGGUGGAUCCUAACAGGUUCCCAUCUGGCAAGGCUCGCCUGGAGACGGUGGGAAACAUCGCGUUCUGCUUCAUGAUGACGGCCGUGUCCGCCAUCCUAAUCGCCUUCUCGUGUCAGGAUAUCUCGAACCGCCGGGGCACGACCGAAGUUAACAACUUCCAUCUGCCCUCGGUAAUCGCGGUGUGUGUGGCUUUUGCUACAAAAUUUGGCUUGUUUAUGUACUGCUGGGGCAUUAAGGACAAGUACAGCCAGGUGAACAUUCUCUGGCAGGACCACCGCAACGACUUGCUGAUCAACGGCUUCGGUGUGCUCACCUCCGUCGGCGGAUCGAAGCUAGCAUGGUGGCUUGACCCUAUGGGGGCGAUCAUCAUCUCGCUGAUCAUCAGCGGCGCGUGGCUGCACCAGGCGUUCGAGGAAUUCAUGACGUUGGUGGGGCGCGCGGCCGAUAUCGACGUCCACCGCCUCAUCACGUACGUGUGCCUGACGUACUCUGACGCCAUCCUCGGCAUCGACACCGUCCGCGUCUACCACUCCGGCCCCAAGCUCAUCGCCGAGAUCGAUAUCGUCAUGGACCCCGCCGAUCCCCUCCGCACCACCCACGAUGUUUCAGAGGGUCUGCAGACCGAGCUCGAGAAGCUCCCCAACAUCGAGCGCGCUUAUGUCCAUGUUGACUACGAGACUACGCAUAAGCCGGAGCAUAGCUACCGCAAAGAUCUAUGAUCGGAUGCGUUGCCAAGCGACAUGGGAUCUGGGUGUCCGGGACAAGAUUGGUUGCCGGCGGUACUCAUAUAGCGCGAGCGUGGUUAGUUACGAGCAUAUAGUGAACCGUCAUGGCGUUUUACGUAGAGGGGUGGGAAAGAAUAGAAGUCGCCCCGGAAAGGGAAAUUAUGGGCGUAAGCUUAUCAACAUAUAGUAGUAAUAUUUAUCAAGUCCCAUAGGCAUUUACUUCUGGCAGUAGAACACGUUGGCGAGAGCAAUAUGCUGGCAGUUCGUGUUGGAACUAGACAGCGGGAUUUCGACUUCGGGGGGUGUAUCGCAAUUGGUUUAUAGCGGUCUGGGCGAGGUUUCUGCUCGGGGUUUUAUGAAUCUAAUGCCAAAUAUUCAAUACGCCUUAGAGUAUUCCUAGACGUUUAUA